GUUUUCCAAAGUAAUUCCUUACAAAAAUGGCGUGAAGUUAUGAAUUCUGUGAUGUCAAAAAAAAAAAAAAAAAAAUUCAUGAAGAACCCUAAAAGGCUCUCAUUGUCUUCUUCCAAAUUCUUAGGUGAACACAAUUUGGAGAUUUUUUCGGUGGAUACAAUUCUGACAACAAAUUAUGUGAAGGUUAAAUAAAGUUAUCUUGAAUGGUAAAGUUUGAAAUAAUGGAUGAAGAUAACAGUUUGAAUAUUCGUAAUUGGGGUUACUAUGAACCAACAUCUGUUAAAGGAAAUCUGGGGCUUCAGCUCUUGUCCCCAACAAUGCCUGAGAAACCCUUCAUGGGUGCACGCAGUAAUGCGAUCAUGACAAAUGUGAGCGGAGGUUUUCACCAUAGGGAUAUUGGGGUUUCGCAGCCCAUGUUCCCUAUGGAGUGCAUGAGGGAUGUUUGGAUAGGUCAUAGAGAGAAGCUUCUCAAUAUUUUGCCUGGAAACCAUAAUUACGAGGCACUUUUGCCUGAAACUGCUUCAACUCAUCAUGUGCAAGUGUUUCAACCACCUGAUUCGGAAAAUGAUGAAAUGCUGGACCAAGUUGAAGAGUCUGGUUUUGUAGAAAAGGAAAAUGGUCCCAAUAAAAAGAGGCAGCGUGCUAAUGCCCCAAAAUCCCCCAAAGCAAAGAAGGGUACAAGGGCUCCCAGAGUACCCAAGCCUGAGGGUAGUCCUUCUGUUCAGCGAGUAAGGUCUGCCAAGAAAACCACUGAAAUUCUGAUAAAUGGGAUCAAUAUGGACAUGUCAGUUAUUCCUAUACCGGUUUGCUCAUGUACUGGCAACCCCCAACAAUGCUAUCGUUGGGGUUGUGGUGGGUGGCAAUCAGCUUGUUGUACGACAUGCAUAUCCAUGUAUCCAUUGCCUAUGAGUACAAAAAGGCGUGGUGCAAGGAUAGCAGGUAGAAAAAUGAGUUCAGGAGCUUUUAAGAAGGUCUUAGAGAAACUUGCUGAUGAAGGCUAUGACUUCUCUAAUCCGAUUGAUCUGAGAACUCAUUGGGCUAAACAUGGUACGAACAAGUUUGUCACUAUCAGGUAGAUGUACUAUGUGGAUCUUUCUAUUGCCCUACGAUUGCAAUGCACCAUGUUUGUAUUUGUAUAUUUUUUUAUGCAUCUGGUCUUCGAGGAGGCUUCAAAUCUAGUUUGUAGUUUAUAUUCUGUCACAUUCGAUGAUUUUAGAAAAUUGUCCUUUUUGGCACCAUGACUGUUGUUUUAUCCUCUCUCUGUUCAUAGUCAUAGCUGUUUCAUACUUAUUGAUGCCAGGGAAAAUGAUGUAGUAGAUGAGUUUUUUUAAUAGAUUGAUGCCUCGUAGUUUCUUUUUCUCCUGACCUUCUAAACU